AUGGGUACACAAAAGAAGGAAAAAGAACGUAGAGUUCGUGAAAAUGAUGUUAGAGAUGGUAACCUUCGAGUUAAAGGUGAAAAUUUUUACCGUGAUGCUAAAAAAGUUAAUCAUUUGAAUAUGUACAAAAAAGGUCGUGCUAUUCGUAAUAAAAAAGGUGAAAUUAUUAAAGCUGCUGAUUUACAAGAUACAAAAUUACCAACUGCAAGAGUUGAUCCAAAUCGUCGUUGGUUUGGUAAUACAAGAGUUAUUUCACAAGAUGCCCUAACACAUUUUAGAGAUGCUCUUGGUGAAAAAAAACAAGAUUCUUAUCAAUUUUUAUUAAGAAGAAAUAAAUUACCAAUGUCAUUAUUAGAUGAAAAAGAUACUACAGAAUCUCCAACAAGUAAGAUUUUGGAAACUGAAUCUUACGAAAGUACAUUUGGUCCAAAAGCUCAACGUAAAAGACCAAGAAUGGCUGUUUCAUCUUUAGAAGAAUUAGCUGAUAUUACUGAUAAAGAUCAAACAAAAUUUGAUGAAAAGAAAGAACUUGAUUCAACUUUAGGUUUGAUGGGUAAUGUUGAUACUGAUGGUUGGACUGCUGAAGCUAAAGAAGCUAUUUUCCAUAAAGGUCAAUCCAAACGUAUUUGGAAUGAAUUAUAUAAAGUUAUUGAUUCUUCAGAUGUUGUUAUUCAUGUUUUAGAUGCUAGAGAUCCUUUAGGUACAAGAUGUGAAUCUGUUGAACAAUAUAUUAAAAAAGAAGCUGCUCAUAAACAUUUGAUUUUUGUUUUAAACAAGUGUGAUUUAGUUCCAACUUGGGUUGCCGCUGCUUGGGUUAAACAUUUAUCAAAAGAUCAUCCAACUUUAGCAUUCCAUGCUUCAAUUACCAAUUCAUUUGGUAAAGGUUCAUUGAUUCAAUUAUUGCGUCAAUUUUCCGUUUUACAUCCAGAUCGUAAACAAAUUUCUGUUGGUUUUAUUGGUUAUCCAAAUACUGGUAAAUCAAGUAUUAUUAACACAUUAAGAAGAAAGAAGGUCUGUACCGUGGCUCCUAUUCCAGGUGAAACUAAAGUUUGGCAAUAUAUUACAUUAAUGAAGAAAAUUUUCUUAAUUGAUUGUCCAGGUAUUGUUCCACCUUCAUCAAAAGAUUCAGAAGAAGAUAUUCUUUUUAGAGGUGUUGUUAGAGUUGAACAUGUUACACAUGCAGAACAAUAUAUUCCAGGUGUGCUGAAUAGAUGUAAAAGACAACAUUUGGAAAGAACUUAUGAAAUUUCUGGAUGGAAAAAUAGUACUGAAUUUAUUGAAUUAUUAGCUAGAAAACAUGGUAGAUUAUUGAAAGGUGGUGAACCAGAUGAACAAGGUAUUGCUAAAUUAGUUAUCAAUGAUUUCAACAGAGGUAAAAUUCCAUGGUUUGUUCCACCUCCAGAAGAUGAAGAAAGAUCAUCAAAGAGAGCUCGUACUGAAGAUAAUUCAGAAGAUAAGGAAAGUAAAUCUGAACAAAAAGAAGACGAAGAAGAAGCUGAUGAAGCAACAGAAGAAGCUGUUGAAGGUGAUAAAAAGGAAGAAGCUGGUGAAUCCAAAUGGAACGGAUUCACUGAUUAA